AUGGGUAGAAGAGCAAAAAAUAAGCAAGGGAUCCCACCAACUUUCGACGAAUUUAAUUCUUCGAAAGGAAGAAAGGGGUCUACACUGAAAGUCAACUCCGAUAGUUCUAAAAAGAGGUCCCUGAACAAUGAUGCCGAAUUAGUACCUAAUACAAAAAAGACAAAGAAAGAUAAAUUGAGAGAUCCAGAAGUAGUAGAGGAAGAGGAAAAGGAAGACUCAACUAUAAAGAGCGAUCCAGAUGAAAUUAGUUCUGCAAAAAAAUCUUUAUUCGACGAUUCUGAUGAAGAUGAAAACGAUGAAAUAGACAAUCUUGAGCUCGAAGACGACGAAUUUGAUGUCAAUAGCGACAUUUCGAAUGACUCAUAUAGCGCUGAUGAAGAUGAACACGAUAAACUUAUGUUUUCAGACGAUGAUGAUGACUUGGAAGACUUGAAUGCGGCAAACAUGGCGGCCUUGUCUAAGAAAUUAGACAAGGAGGAGCAAUUAGAGGCAGAAGAAGCAGAAGAAGAACUUUUAAAAGGAGAUAUCAAGCAACCAAAAGCACAAGUUCUCCCUACCGAAGCCGAAGAUGAGGCGCUUGCCCAACAACCAAAGGAUGUGACUAUUUAUAGAACAAGAAUGAUUGAAAUUGUAAAGGUCUUAGAAAAUUUCAAAGAGCUAGCUGAAGAAGGUAAGUCAAGGGCGGAUUAUACUGAUAGGCUACUUAAGGAUAUAUGCGAGUACUAUGGUUAUUCGCUAUUCUUAGCUGAUAAGUUGUUCAACCUUUUCUCUCCGACUGAAGCAAUAGAAUUCUUUGAAGCUAAUGAAAUUGCUCGCCCAGUUACUAUCAGGACUAAUACAUUAAAAACUAGACGUCGUGACUUGGCACAAGCUUUAGUGAAUCGUGGAGUAAAUUUACAACCAAUAGGUGCUUGGACUAAAGUGGGAUUGCAGGUUUUUGAUUCUCAAGUUCCAAUUGGUGCAACACCUGAAUACUUAGCCGGCCAUUAUAUUCUACAGGCAGCUUCCUCGUUUUUACCAGUGAUGGCACUUGACCCUCAUGAAAACGAACGUAUUUUAGAUAUGGCCGCAGCCCCUGGAGGUAAGACAACUUAUAUCUCGGCAAUGAUGAAGAAUACUGGAUCCAUUUUCGCAAAUGAUGCAAACAAGGGUCGUACUAAGUCUUUGAUAGCUAAUAUCCACAGACUAGGAUGUAAGAAUGUUAUAGUCUGCAAUUAUGACGCGAGAGAGUUUCCUAAAGUCAUUGGUGGUUUUGAUAGGGUACUUUUAGACGCUCCGUGCUCAGGUACAGGUGUUAUUGCUAAGGAUGAAUCAGUCAAAGUAAGUCGAACUGAGAAAGAUUUUAUGAAGAUUCCUCAUCUUCAGAAACAAUUAUUACUUUCAGCUAUAGAUUCUGUUGAUUCGAAUUCAUCUACCGGCGGCAUUAUAGUCUAUUCGACAUGUUCAGUUGCUGUUGAAGAAAAUGAGGCCGUCGUUGAUUAUGCGUUAAGGAAGAGGCUGAAUGUAAAACUUGUCGAAACUGGGUUACAGAUAGGUAAACCAGGUUUCACUUCAUUUCGUGGCAAACAUUUCAACCCAAAAAUUUCGUUGACUAGGCGCUAUUAUCCUCAUACUUAUAAUGUUGAUGGUUUCUUUGUAGCCAAAUUUCAAAAGGUCGCACCAUCUUCGCAUGACGUUUCGGGUGCCGGCGCACAAGAGAAGGAAGCAUUGGCAAGAGCUGAACUUGAAGAGGAAGGAAUUAUCCACGAUGACUUUGCUGACUUUGACAAUGACGCUGAUAAAGAAUUUAUUGACCAGUCUGUCAAAAGAAGUUUGAAAAAGAAAGGUAUUAAUCCCAAUACUGCGAAUACAAAAUAA